AUGUCACAAAGAAGCGAAGACAACAACUCUGAGAGCUCUGAUGUGUUUGAAGAUUUGUGUAAAGACGUUCAAAAAAUGAAAGACGCGAAACAAGAGACUUUGGAAACAUGUCAAAAAAGUGAAGCCUUUGUUCCAGACGCUCCGAAAAGCGAACAAUGGGUUGUAGCACCAACGCAUAGAAUACAACAACUCGAGAACGAAUUUGCGAAUUUUGUUCUGAAGCAAGUGUACCCAUUCACCGCUCUUCCAUCUUUUACUGUCGCACCUCUUAAUGUGUACACGAACACUGAUCAGUACAUUUCUACACUGAAACCUUUUGUGUUUGAUGAGUGUCGAUCUUCCAUUGAAAAGAAUAUCAACGAGAAAGAGAAUGAAAAUGUGUAUAAGGUGAAAGUGGUAUCCAUGAAAUCAUCACCACAAAACGUCGAAGUCUAUGUUACUAUUGAAUGUCGCUUUCAAAACGACUUUUCCGAUUUUGACUUCUUUGUUGCGAGUACACAAUUUUUCAAAACCAAGACAUACCCUAAAAAUAAUUGCAAAACAGCACUUUUUGUGAAAAAAACUGAAUAUGGCAACGGCCAAUUCUUAAUGAAAUUUAUUACAGAUGGUUCAAUAGAAUCAAACGAUUUCUUCAACUCAAUACAACCUAAACAGCCAUUAUUUAUCCGACGAAUUGGUACCGUUCUGAGCCCACUUCGAGAGUUCAUCGCGUUGAACGAAAUAACAGAACUUAAACUCCAAAAACAAGUGCUCAACCCACAGAGCUACAAACCAACGUAUUUUAGACCAAUGUCGAUUAAAUACGAACGAAUGCUCAGAAACAAAAAGGAGUUCAACGACUCACAGAUACACGCCAUGUUUAGGUCACUUGCAAAAUCAGGGUUUUCUUUAAUUCAAGGACCACCAGGGACAGGUAAAACUAUGACUCUCUGUGGUAUUAUUGGUGUUAUUUUGUAUGGAAAUUCUUCUUCAGUUUUUUCAAAAAGUAGCGAGUCACAUCAUGAAAGAGUGUUAAUAUGUUCCCCAUCAAAUGCGGCCAUCGACGGAAUUAUUAUGAAAUUACUCAAGAUGGGAGUGUACGAUGAAAAUGGUGAGAAGAAGUCUGUGAAAAUAGUUCGAGUUGGGACGCCAACAUUAACAAAUCCAGAAAUAAAGGAUUUAGUUCUUGAAAACCUCGUCGGCAAAGAAAUUGAGCGCAGAGGGGAAAUGUCUUUAGAAUACUUGGACAAAAAAAUCAACGAAUUGAAAGAGAAACUUAAAAAUGCAUUGGCAACAAAUGCAAAAAUUAACAAAGACAAAUUGAAGUCAGGACUUGCACUUUUACUGAAACAAAAGGACGAUUUGCAAAAUAAAAUUUGUGCAAUGAAACAUUCUGUUACUAUAGAUAUUAUUAGUAAUUGUGAUGUGAUAUGUUGUACGUUAAAUAGUGCUGGGUGCGACACUCUACAACAACACUUAUUUGGAAAGAUUGAGACUUGUAUCAUCGAUGAAGCUGUCCAAUGCGUUGAGGUUUCUGCAUUAAUUCCACUGAAAUAUGGGGUGGAGAGGUGUAUCAUGAUUGGAGAUCAGAAGCAGCUUCCUUCGACUGUUUUGUCGCCUAAAUCUAUUACGUACAAGUACAACAAAAGUCUUUUUGAAAGAUUAUUAGAGUGUGGAUUAAAUGUAACGUUACUGACACAGCAAUACCGAAUGGAAUCAAAAAUUCGUGAGUUUCCAUCGAACGAAUUUUAUGAAGGGAGGUUGGCUGAUGGUGUUAAAAUCGAGAAGAUCAAUUCUGUUUCCAAUUCAGUGUUAUUUUUAAAUGUUUGUGGGAAAGAGGAUAGGCUUGGGAAGGAGUCAUCUUUAUUUAAUACAGAGGAAGUGAAAGCCGUAGUUUUUCUAUUAACAGAAAUAAGUAAGAACGUUGAGUGUGUUCAUUGGGAUAUAGGGAUUAUCACGCCAUACAGAAAACAAGUUUUAGAUGUGAAGAAAGCAAUUGAACAAAAUGAAGUUGCGAAGUCAUUAAAUGUAUUAGUGAAUACAGUGGAUGGUUUCCAAGGAAGAGAGUUUGAUAUAGUGAUCAUGUCUUGUGUAAGAAGUUCUGAACAUAAUGGGAUUGGCUUUGUUGAAGAUGAAAGGAGACUAAAUGUAGCGAUCACUCGAGCUAAACGGGCAUUAUGUGUUGUAGGAAAUAUCAAAACGCUAAGACAAGUUAAGGUGUGGGAAGAUUACAUCAAUUGGUUAACUAAAAACAGACUGAUUCUUGAGUUUGAUGACAUCAUUCAACAACCGGAUUCAUUUAUGAUGUUCAAGCCGAAUGACUAUAAAAACGAGCUGAAAAACGACACAGGUGAUAAGAACAAAAUUGAAUUUGUGGAAGACAAAAGAGGUGAAAUUUCAACUGGUACACCUGCGUAUCAAUCUUUACAACAAUCUGAUGGUAUUGAAAAACAAAAUGAUUCAAAACCCAUUCAUAGAGAAACAAAACCAGAAAAGAAGACAAAAACAAAGAAAAAGACUAUUAAAGAAACAGUGAGUGGAAGCGAGGACUCAGAUAGUGAAAUAGAAGUUCUUCAAUUGAAGAAACCAAAACAACAAAAGAAGAACGAAGAAAGUGUAAAAAAGAAAAAAUCAAAGAAAGAUAUACCAGUGAUUGACAUAGAACAACGGAAUGUCAACGGUGGCAAAAAGGUCAAAGAGGGGAAUGUUAUUAAGAUGUAUACUGACGACAACAAACCAAGUGAACUUGAGUUGUUUGAAAAGAAGACAACUGAGCUUAAGAAGACGUUAAAAGCAAAGGACGAGAUGAUAGAAAAGAAUAUUAAACCACCAAAGAAGCACUCACCGCUUAUCAACGAAGUUGAAAGAAAGAAAAAAGUGUUUGCACUUUUAAAAACUGAAUCCAAAAAUGCAGAGAAAAGAAGAAAGAAAGAGGAGAAGGAGAAGAAGUUGAAUAUUGAAAAUGAAAAAACAAAAGAACCUGCACCAAGUGAUAACAAUGGAACUCCUCAAAAGAUGGAAGUUGAGGAAAUAGGACAACAAAAGAGUCCAAUGCAUUUACCACAGAAACUAAUUACUGAGAUAGAAAAGGCCAAAGGAAAGAUGGAGGAAGAACCUACUAAUGUAGAACACCCCCUUUUACCAACAAGUGAACGUCCUCUCGAAAAGAAAAUGGAAGAAGUCCCAUUACCAGUUAUAAUAGUCGACGAUGUAAAAGCAAUUAAAGAUAUACAGACACGUACAGAAAUCAAGCCAGUUGUCGUAGAACACCAAAAGAUGAUAAUGCCUACAGUCAUUAAAGAAGAGAAAACAAAAGCGUCGAUUCCACCCACGACAGACAUAACAAAACCUAUUGAAAUCAAUUUUAAUCAGAGCGAAACAACCACAACGGAAAACACUGAACUCGAAUUUCCAGAACCAACAAAGAAAAAGAAAUUGGAAAUUACUCAAUUUGAAGAAAACAGUUCAACGGAAAGCAAACCAAAGCCGGUGGUACACAUGACGAAGAAAGAAGUUGAAAUUAAACGACAAAGUGACAUCUCGUGUUUCUUUAACAAAAUGAAUAAUGUCAAAAAAGUCGAGCCAACAGAAAAACACAUCAAAACAAAACAAACAUCCGUCUUAAAUUGGGUCAAAAAGACCAAUUCGAAUUCCCCAUCUCCAGUAACUUCUCCUAUGAAACCAUCACAACCAAUCGAACAAAAAGAGCUCGUCGAAACGAGUCAAGACGUCGAUAAAAAUAGUCAAGAAAUGAUACAACACGUAUCGCAACAAGAACCAACAAUUCAAGAAACAAUUACAACAGUAGAAAACAAAGCCCAACAAAAACAAAUAAUGGAAGAAGAAAAAACAACAGAGAAAGUGAAUUUAAAAGAAAGUCCCACGAAUGGACUUGUGAGUUUUGAAGAGUUUUCAAUCGUCACAAAGAAAAUUCAAGAGCUCCAAGAAACACAAAACAAAAUACUUGCGGAGACUUCCAUCAAUGAGGAGCUCAAAAAGAAAAUUGAGAUGUUGGAGAAACUGCUUGAACCAAAAAUCCAAAGCACUGCAAUUUCUGAAGUCUCACAACCACAAAGUUUACAAAUUGAUAACAAAAGUGAGGGAAAAAGUGUGGAAGAAACAAUUGGGAGCGCGACGACAUCACUUGUAAAUGAAACAUCGCUGGCACAAAAUCCGAAACAAGAAACAAAAAUUGAGAAGGUUGAAAAGGUUGAACAAAGCGCGGAAAGCACAUGUCAACCGGCUCUUAUGCAGUCAAACAACGAAUUGUGUUUGGACUUGAAUAUGGAAGAAGAAUUUUUAGAUGAAGAGAGCAAUAAACCAAUAUCAAGUAACACCAACGAAGACCAAAAUGAGAGUUGGGAGUGCUUCGAUAUUGAAAAGGUGUUAAGCGAAAUGGAAGAAAGCGAAAAACUUGGUCAACAAGACAGUGUAAAUCUUUUGGAACACAAUGAAAGUUCAGUUGUCGAGACUAAAAAAGAAAAACUGGAGACUAAAGCACUUGAAGAGGCACAGAUAAUCGAUAUUCUGAAGAAAGUUGAUGAACUGAAACAAAUAACUUUAGACGCACAAUCAAAGUGCGGAACAGAUGGACUCAAAACAAAAGUCGAAGAAGUCAAAAAGUGUUUUGAAAUAUUGAAUUGUGCUGUUACCACCUUUGUUGGUGAAUAUGGCACAAACAAACGACAACCUCCUAGUGAAGAUGACUUUAAAUGCCUUAGAAAAGAUUGA